UUUACCGAUAUUAAUAAGAGUUGUUCUACAGCUUGUUUAGAUUUAGUAUUAAAAUACUUUUUUUGUUUCAUAUUUUAAGUCCACUGCCUGUACUUACUUGAUCUGUUAUUAUUGUAAUUAUUUUUGUUUUUGGUCAGACACCUUACUCUUAUAUAAGCUGAAAUACGAGUAUAACCAAUAGUAAACAUAGUCAGUUAAUGCUUCUUAAAAAUAAUGAGUAGAUAAUACGGUAUUAUUUUCUUUUAAUCUCCCGAGGUAGGUAUUAAAUUAUUGAGAGACGUUUUUUUAUAACUAUAUAUUAAAAUGAAUAAAUGGAAUGGUCAAAAAUACAUGAAAAAUGUACGAAAAAAUAGUAUAAAAGGCAAGGCAACAGUCGUACAAAAUGCAUGUGUAUGUAUUAUACGUGAGAAAUCGUCGAUGAAGAAGGGAAUGAAAGCGUAGAGGGGGUUGAUUAAUUGACACUACUGAAGUUCUAGAGAGAGACGUCACUUGCAAGACUGCCUAUAUCUAGCUUUACCACGUGCUUUGUUUACUUUGUUCAAAAACCUGAAAUAUCUUUGUCCCAUUCAUUAUGUAUACUACGAUACAUAUAUCAAUGAAUACACUUUCAAAAUUAACAUAACGUUUACUUUUCUAAUUGUUUAUUCGUAUAUAAUUUCUAUAAUUGUUUUCUUUAAUCCCACUGCAACAGAAAUACCUUUGCGUUGAUGAUAAAUAAUUAUAUUUGUAUUGAAUUUCAUACGACACAUUGUAUAUAAUAUAUAAUAUGAUUAUAGUAUUGAAUUUAAUGCAUUACUGAAUUAAAUUGUUUGUGAGCCGCUUUUUGUUGAGAAAGGGAAUAAAAUGGAAGUUCAGAAUAUUGAUGCAAAAAUAUCGACUAUAGCUACCGUAUAUUCUACCAAUAUAUAUUUCUGCACUUAAGGCAGCUGAUAGUGUCACCCUCAAAACCUAUAACUUGGCGGGGCACACAGCAUGGGGGAUAGUCUUUUCUCCCCUCCACUUUGGCGACCUUUUCUACAAUAAACUGGAGAAAGUUUUCAGGGGACCAUUGGCACGCGCGUCAACCCCUGUACCUUAUUGUAUUCAUUCUGUAGCCCCAUCCCCCCUCGGCUGGCCAACGAAAUCGUCACUGAGCUGCACAAAUCAUUUCGCCUCACUACCGGUUGGCUCGGUACAUUUCUUGUUGCUACAAACGCGUUUAGAAGCAGACAAACGUGCCAGAUAUCACUGGAUUUCAUAAUAUGAGUGUUUAGUUUAUAAUAUUACGUUGUAAAAUAAUUAAGAGUGCGAUCAGUAAAUUUAAAAAAAUAGUGCGGUGUCGUUUUGUGGUUGAAAGUUAAUAUUUAGUUUAUAUUUUUGUGACGAAAAUGACGAGCUCAGCUUAUUAUUCAAAUAGUGAACCUGCAUAUUGGCCUUAUCCUCAAUUUACUGAUGUAUGCAACACUGGGUCAAUCCAUUCUACGUCAACGUGUCAGCAAGUGCCUCUAUAUCAUAAUCACCAGCAACAAAGCUCAUUAAGUUAUGGUGUGAACAAUAAUAAUACUAGUUCGAAUGUAUCUCCUCCUACCAGCUUUCUAGAGACAAUUUUGCGACAUGGGAAAGAAGCAGUUAGUGAAAUAUACAGUAGUUCAGAUAAUAAACCAAAUCCUGAACUGCAGACAGCUUCAUACAUUCAAGGAACAACUCCUCCCUAUACUCCAUCAUCUUCAGAUCAGAAUUCUCCAUUAAGAAAUGUCGAUAUGAGUACUGCAUCUCGGGAAAAAUUUGAGUUGCCACCAAAAUUACUAGAAUCUGAAGAAAAAUACAAGGAGUGCAAUUAUUCUAUGCUGCGGAGUAAUACCGGAAAUUGUGGUGCAUCUUUAAAUAGAUCUGUUCCCAAUUCAAACGAUUUUAAAACUACAAAAAUGGAGUACGAAUCGGAUGAAGAUGAUAAAUAUGACGAAUCGGAUAUUGCCCACUCCCCAGAAGAUGCCAAAUCAGUUCUGCAUCAACCAGUUGAUUAUCCUUGGAUGAAGUCUAAUUAUGCUGACGGCAGUGCGAUGGGCCAAAAACGUACCAGACAAACCUACACUCGUUUUCAAACAUUGGAAUUAGAAAAAGAAUUUCAUUUCAAUAAAUACUUAACCAGGCGUAGAAGAAUCGAAAUAGCGAAUUCUUUGAGUCUCACAGAAAGGCAAAUUAAAAUUUGGUUCCAAAACAGAAGAAUGAAGGCCAAAAAAGACGGCAAGACUGGAGGAUUUGGUUUAGACACCAGUUUUAGCGAUGAAAUUCCGUCUCCAAAACAACGUGAACCAGAGAAGCUUCCGAUGAUGACGUCAGUUAAUUCCACAACAUCGAUGUUUCAUAAUAACACGUCUAACCAUAGUUUAAAUUCUGUUCCAUCACCGUCGAUUAACAUCCAUCAGCAGCAACAGCAUCAAUUGCAUUCUGCUUACCUAAGUUAUCAUCAAUAUUCGCAAGAACAUUUAUACCCAAGUCAAGAUCACUUUCCUUAUCGUGGCAUGCAUUCUUAUACGGAGAAGCUCAGUUGAAACUGAACUUCAAAUUCUAAAUAGAUGGUAACACUAGGUAUAUAUAUAUAUAUAUAUAUAUAUAUAUAUAUAUAUAUAUAUAUAUCUAUAUAGGCAGCUGCUUGAAAAUAACCAUUAUAAUUUAUGACUAAACGGUUCGAAUAGCCAUUCUACGUCAGGUAUUUAAGACCCGUUUCUUUACGUUUAAAAUUGCACAGAAUAACAUCGUAAUUUCUGUCUGACUUAAAUUUUUCUUUUCUUUUCUUCGUUCUCGCAUAAACAAUAAUGAGAAGAAAGUCAUAAUAUAAUAUUUACCCUAAGCAAAUUGUGUUUAUGAACAAAUCAUUUCAAAUAAGAAAUGUUUUCUAUAAUUAUUUGUGAAAUUCUCGGCUUAUUGGAAAUCAUAGUUUCAGUAAGCUCUUAAGCUACUUAUCGAUGUUUGUCUUCAUAAAUACUUAUUUACACAACAAGAUAAUAAAGUUGAAAUGCUUAAUAGUUUGUAGAUGUAGCUCUCGAAAAAAUUAAUAUAUUAUAAGUUUUUAUCAAUACCAAUGAGAAAUUUCAAUUCAUUGUAAAGAAAAACUUUUAUUGGUGCAAAAAUUUUUUCUAAUUUUUAUAUUUAUAUUUUUUUAACAGAAGAAAAACCUAAUUUAUUUACAGUAUUCCAAAAAAAAAAAGAUAAGA